GAACCAGCGAGCCUUCCUUUUGACGUGUCCUCUUGCUCCUUUCUGCUCAGGCAGCAGGGACUUCUCAGCCACAUGCUGUAGUGGGCACUAGCGUCGGCAGAUGGGGUCGGGGCUCCCAAAUGGCCUGUCCUCAAGCCCGUGGCAUUGUCUGUGCCGGUUUACAACUCCAACCACCAUCUGUGAGAGUUCCUGUUACCACCUUCAGCACUAGGGUUAAGCGUGCUGGUCUUUAACCGUUAGGAAGUUCACAAUGGCUACAGAGGUGAAGGCCCAGUUGGUUGAACAUCCACUGAUGAGUCCCAGAUCCCUUAGAGGCCACUGGAGGACAGCACAGAAAACUCGGGGGGCCUGGUCAGCAAAAUCCUCAGAGGGUCAAGGGGCAGAGCGUCUUGCCUAGCAUAUCCAGAGUCCAUAUGUUCUCCAGAAGGACUCCCUCCAACCAGGGCCACCAGGAGAAGGGAGUGCAGACAGCGUGCAGUCCAAGGGCUGAGCUGAAGCCUGAAAAGAAGUCAGGGUACCGGCUACAGAGCCACCGAAACAGCAGCCCACAGAAAGAACUGAGGAUCCCGGGGAUCGUGGACUUUCAGCUGAUCCAGGCGGCACUGAGCACCCCCAAGCCCCAAACCCCUGUGGCCUACCGCUUCGGGCGCCUCAGUCACCACUCCUUCUUCUCCCGGCACCGCCCCCAUCCGCAGCGCGUGACCCACAUCCAAGAUCUCACCGGGAAGCCCAUCUGUGUCGUCAGAGACAACUUCUCUCUGGACUCCUUGCCUCCAGCCACACUCUUACCCCGCUGUUUGAUGGGGAUGCCCACCAUCUCUGUCCCCAUCGGAGACCCGCAGUCCAAUCGGGACCCUCGGCUUUCUUAUGAAGCCUGGAAGAAGGAAUUGAAGAAUCUGGCUUCUCGGGUGGCCGUCUUCACUAAGGAAAGUGAGCUGAAGAGCAAGGAGCAGCAGGAGGAGGCUCAGCGGGAGCAGGGGGCAAAAUACUCAGCUGAGACGGGGAGGCUCAUUCCUACUUCCACCCAAGCCAUUGGCCAUCGCCACUCCCGCCAGAGCCCAUGGAUUUAUCCUUCUGGCAAAGAUGGGGCAGUCCAGACCUUCACCCUGCAGGACCGGGAGCUGCUGAUCCUGGAACUCCUCUGUCAAAUCCUGCAGACAGAUUCCUUGAGAGCUAUCCAGUUCUGGCUACUGCACGCGCCCCCGAAGGAAAAAGAUUUGGCCCUGGGGCUCCUGCAGACAGCGGUGGCGCAGCUCCUCCCUCAGCCCCUGGACUCCAUGCCAGUAGAAAAACUUCUGGAUCAGCUCCAGGAAAUGCAAGAGUCUCAAGAGAGGCAACAGCCACCCUGCAGCCAAUCCUUGAAGAAGACGAAGAUGACACCUCUACCCAAGAACGACAAACCCGGGUCCUGGCCCUUUAAGAAAUCUGACCUAGCGCUGCAGGUACUGCACUGGGAGAGAAGACAAGACGAAGGAGAACACAAGGGCUUCAAGAACAGGUGCUGGAGACUCUGGAACGGUCCAGCCCAGCCCAUCUUUGCCAGCUCAGCAGACUGGAGGCAGAGUGCGGCCAAAGGACCAAACCCAGACCCGCAGUAGGUGACAGGUGACCGGUGGUCCAACACGAAGACAGGCAGAGUUGGACGUGCCCCUGGAAAUCCUGCCUCCUGGACCAGUAUUCGGUCCUCCUCUAGCCUGCUGACCACUUAGCAAGAUGCUCAGCUAUGGUGAUGAUCCAGAAGGUGCCUCAAACGCACUAGGCUGCUGGGAACAUCACUAUGAAGGCCCAAUCUUGCCGUGCAGACAGCAAACUCAAAACGUUCUGGCAGCAUCGUCCAUUUGGAUGCCUAAGACUUCUCUAAGGGUUUUGCGAGAUGAGGAUGAAAAGUGAAAUUUAGAAGGCUUGGGCUACAGUCCUAUGACACCAUUGGACAGACUAAAAUCUGAAUGACCUUUCUGGAACACCCUUUUCCAAUUGCCUUACUCGGGAAAACAUCAAGUGCCCUGGGAAUGUGGUGUUGGUACAUUUUUCAGUCAGAUUCACUUCUGGACAUGUCUCCUAAGGAAAACCAGUAAGUAGAAACAGAUACACCCUACAUCAUGGCUUAUGAUACCCCAAUUUAGAAGCAAUGUACAUUUACAGUACUAGAG